CGCAGUUUGUGCUCCAGCAGCUCAGGAGAGAGAUGCGAUGACAUGCGCUGUGAUUUCAGGAAACCUGUUAGGACACCAUGGCUGGACUGGAAGGCAACAAAUAACUGUGUUUCUUAACAGCAAAAUGGACAUGAUUUCAAGUGGAAACCUAUGACACCAUGGGAAUGAUACUGAGAAUGAAUUUCAUCUCUAUUUUCUUUCUUCCAACCUUACUGUUUUGUACUCAGCCCAUCUCAGCUGCUAACUUACAGCGGUCAUUGGUACCCAGGGCAGCAACCCGCUCAGUGGCGAGGAUGGAUGGAGAUGUCAUCAUCGGGGCUCUGUUCUCUGUCCAUCAUCAACCGGCGGCUGAGAAGGUCGCGGAGAGGAAGUGUGGCGAGAUCAGGGAACAGUAUGGAAUCCAAAGGGUGGAGGCGAUGUUCCACACGCUGGACAGAAUAAACGCAGAUCAGUACCUUCUACCCAACAUCACUCUAGGUUGUGAAAUCAGGGACUCUUGCUGGCACUCAUCAGUGGCUUUGGAACAAAGUAUUGAGUUCAUAAGAGACUCUCUCAUUUCCAUCCGUGAUGACAAAGAUGGGUCGAAAUGGUGCGUUGAUGGAAAUCCUUCAGCUCAGACACCAGCCACCAAAAAGCCCAUUGCUGGAGUCAUUGGACCCGGGUCCAGCUCAGUGGCCAUUCAAGUUCAGAACCUGUUGCAGCUUUUCAACAUCCCCCAGAUUGCUUACUCGGCUACAAGCAUUGAUUUGAGUGAUAAAACUCUCUUUAAGUACUUCCUUAGGGUUGUCCCAUCUGAUACCCUUCAAGCCAGAGCACUCUUGGACAUUGUAAAACGGUACAACUGGACUUAUGUGUCAGCAGUUCAUACUGAGGGGAAUUAUGGGGAAAGUGGGAUGGAGGCCUUUAAGGAACUGGCAUCUCAGGAGGGUCUGUGUAUCGCCCACUCUGACAAGAUCUACAGCAACGCUGGAGAGAAACACUUUGACCGGCUGCUGAGGAAACUUCGAGAACGUCUACCUAAAGCUCGUGUGGUGGUCUGCUUCUGUGAGGGAAUGACUGUACGCGGCCUCCUCAUGGCCAUGAGACGCCUCGGCGUAGCUGGAGAAUUCCUCCUCAUUGGCAGUGACGGCUGGGCAGACAGAGAUGAGGUUGUGGAGGGUUACGAGCAGGAAGCCGUGGGUGGAAUCACAAUGAAGCUACAGAGUGAGGAGGUCACGUCCUUUGAUGACUACUAUCUAAAGUUACGCCUCAACACCAACACUAGAAACCCCUGGUUUGCGGAAUUCUGGCAGUAUCGUUUCCAGUGUCGUCUCCCAGGACACCCGCAAGAAAACACAAAUUAUAAGAAGAACUGCUCAGGUUAUGAAAACUUGGAGGACAACUAUGUCCAGGACAGUAAGAUGGGUUUUGUCAUCAAUGCCAUCUAUGCCAUGGCUCACGGCCUGCAUGAUAUGCAUCAGCACCUGUGCCCUGGUCACAUGGGACUGUGUGAAGCGAUGGACCCCAUUGAUGGCAGCAAACUGCUGGACUUCCUCCUCAAGACCUCCUUUACUGGUGUGUCUGGAGAGGACGUGUGGUUUGAUGAAAACGGGGACUUACCAGGCAGGUAUGACAUUAUGAACCUGCAGUAUGUCGAGCCUGGAGUCUAUGACUAUAUAAAUGUGGGCUCUUGGCAUGAAGGCAUUCUGAGUAUUGAUGAUUAUAUUAUCCAGAUGAACCGCAGCGAGAUGGUCCAUUCUGUCUGCAGUGAGCCCUGCUCUAAAGGAGAGAUUAAAGUGAUCAGGAAAGGAGAGGUGAGCUGCUGUUGGAUCUGUACUGCUUGUAAAGACAAUGAAUAUGUCCAGGAUGAAUUCACCUGCAAAGCCUGUGAGCUGGGAUGGUGGCCAGAUGAACAACUGAAUGGCUGUGAGCCCCUUCCCUUGUGUUACCUGGAGUGGAGCCAUCCAGAAUCCAUCGUUGCUGUCGUCUUUUCCUGUCUUGGCAUCCUUGUGACCAGUUUUGUCACAUUCAUCUUCAUACUGUACCGAGACACACCCGUUGUGAAGUCGUCCAGCCGUGAACUCUGCUACAUCAUCCUAGCUGGAAUCUUCCUGGGUUAUAUUUGCCCAUUCACUCUCAUUGCCCGCCCCACUGUAGCUUCAUGUUACCUACAGCGCCUCUUGGUGGGCCUCUCAGCUUCCAUGUGCUACUCCGCUCUCGUCACCAAGACCAACCGCAUUGCUCGUAUUCUAGCCGGCAGCAAGAAGAAGAUCUGUACGCGCAAGCCGCGAUUCAUGAGCGCCUGGGCACAAGUGGUUAUCGCUUUUAUCCUCAUCAGUGUGCAGCUAACGUUGGAAGUCACGUUGAUCAUUUUAGAGCCUCCGGAACCUAUCAAGUCCUAUCCCAGUAUCCGAGAAGUUUAUCUCAUUUGCAAUACCAGCAAUUUGGGCAUGGUGGCGCCACUGGGCUACAACGGCCUACUCAUCCUCAGCUGCACCUACUAUGCCUUCAAAACACGCAACGUCCCAGCUAACUUUAACGAAGCCAAGUACAUCGCCUUCACUAUGUACACAACUUGCAUUAUCUGGUUGGCUUUUGUUCCAAUUUACUUUGGAUCUAACUAUAAGAUCAUCACCACUUCCUUCUCCGUGAGUCUUAGCGUAACGGUGGCUCUCGGCUGCAUGUUUACUCCAAAAAUGUACAUAAUCCUCGCUAAGCCUGAGAGAAAUGUACGCAGUGCAUUCACCACCUCCGACGUGGUCCGUAUGCACGUAGGGGAUGGUAAAAUUGCUUGCAGGAGCAACAGCUUGCUCAACAUGUUCAAACGCAAAAAGAACACAUCUGGAAAUGCAAAUUCUAAUGGCAAGUCUGUGUCAUGGUCUGAACCAGGUUCAAGACAGCCUCCGAAAGGAGAUCACAUGUGGCACAGACUGUCUGUACAUGUGAAGAGACAGGAAGCCGGCUCCAAUCAGACGGCUGUCAUCAAACCCUUAACUAACACCUACAAUCACCCAGGCAUGGAGUUUUCCGAUCUAAGCACCAAGACUCUGUACAAUGUGGCUGAGGAGGAUGAGGGCGACCCGAUCAGAUACAACCCCUCAGGCAGCCCUCCUCUGACGGCGCUCAGGCAGUCGCCUGUAAGCAAGCCUGUGAAGGAGGUGGGCACAGAUCUAAAAUUUUACACUCCUAAACAACACUUGCCACAGAACAGUGUUCUCCCCCAAUAUGUUAUUGUAGACCACCUCCAGGAAGGGGUGGGAAAAUUCAGCAAAAACAUGUCUGAUUUGGAUGAGAUUAUAAACCUAGCCAAACCGGGCGAUAUACUGCAUCCUCAGCCCAUUCUGCCCAUGCAACCGGGAUCGUACCCGGAAGAGCUGUUUUCCUCUUUGGAGGAGGGUGACAAUGAGCAGUUUGGACUUCUCCAUGGCUACAUGUAUGACAAUGCGCAAAUCCAUGAUGAGGAGGAGUUGGUACAGUUUAAAAUGGCAAUGGAGGACUCUAUGGCAAUCAUGCCACCUUCGCCGUUUCGAGAUUCCCUUGGCUCAGGCAGCCCGAUUCGUAACUCCCCUAUUUCUGAAUCCAUCUUAUAUACACCUCCGAGCGUGACUUACGCGUCCGUCAUUCUCAGAGACUUUAAGCAAACCUCCUCAACUCUUUGAAAUGUUUUUAUAAUGAUGUCAUAAUAGGUGAUCAUUUCACAAGUUCCUAGUUUGUUCUUAGUAACAGCAACUACUUUAAAUGAAGUUUUUUUAUAAUGUUUGCCUGUUAUCAAAGUAUUUUAAAGAGACUGUAUUGAAGUGAAUGUAUUUUGACCAGGGUCCAAAAUCAACACACGGCAAGCAGACAAGCCUGAUCUCAUGAAAAUUACGUGACUGUGGCGAAAUUUUUGCAAAAUGAUAUUAAGUAGGUUUUUGAGGUGGCAGUUCCAAGGUGAAAUGUCCACUGUGUGGCGCUAAAUGCAAGUUACAUUUUCUCUCAAACAGAGUUUUUGAGGUAAAUGCUCUAUCAAGUUUUACAUCAACAAAACUGACCUCCCAACCCUAAACCUUAAACCUAAACCUAACCGUUAGUCUCAGAAAAAUCAAAUGUAAAAAAUGUAAUUGCAGAAGCAACAACGUCAUUUUGUGGUACUUCUAUGACACUUUCAGCUCAAGUGUCGACUUGCGUGCACUUCAGGACUCGCACCACAGUCCUUUGCGUCGCAAGUGUAACGUUCUGUCAGUUGAGCUAGGCACGAUUUAAUCACGCUCGAACAAGCUCAUAAAUGUUGUUGGCUAUGUAAUGCGCUAUAGUAAAAGUGUUUAGAAGUCAUAAGAUAGCAUUGUGUGAGGAACAAGGUGAAAAGGAAGUGUUUAUGGACUGAUAAUCUGCCUCUCUACUCCUGAUUUGUGUGAAUGUGAAUAAAAGUCAUUGUUGUUGUAAUGCCUCUAGUGUUUCCUGAUACAUACAACAAGCCACGUAAAAAUCAUUUUGCAAAAAAUGUAUAGUUACAUGAUUUUUUUGAGACCAGGUAUACUGAUUAUAACGUGACUUUUGACCCCACUUUUUUAUGGCCGAUACAUUUUCUUAAUUCAUUCGCCAUUGGCAAGUGUGGCAAAAGGUUCAUUUCGGACCCCGAUGUUGAGCCCUUAAACUGAAGAGACCUAAUCAGCGAUGCACUGAAUUAAAUAGGCUCCAAACGUGAAAAAACUCUUCAAUUUCUGUCGCUGUCACUUGUUUAUUUUGGCAGCAUUUGACAACAAACCAACAUCAGUCAUUGUGAUGCUGUAGAGCUAUUUGUGCUCCUGUUGCAUUGUUUUCCAUUGUAGAUCAAAUCAUGUGAAGGACUUUUUCAGAACAUAUACCAUUAGCAGUAAAUGAAGAUUUAGUACCCAAAUAGGUUCAAACUUAGUGCAGCAGUUCCAUUCAGUUACAAGUAAAUACAAAUAGGUGUUUGAUACAAUCAAUCACUGGCAUAGAAUUGGGGGAGACGGGGGGCACACGUCCCCCCCCAAUGCUAUGAAGGGGCGGAUUUGUCCCCCGCAAUCUUGCAUCUGUCCUUUUUUAUAUAUUCUUAUCAAUGCUGAAAAUAAUUUUGCAUGAGUUAGGCCUACCUUGCAAUUGCAUGGCUGUGAGUCUGACAUAUUGACACGAAAAAAACUGAAGUCCCCCCUCCGUUGUAUGAGUUGGAAUCACCCAACUAGACGGCAGUGUCACGUGGUACCUGUUAAUUUUUUCAGCGCUGGCCAGGAUGCAUCAACUCACAGUCGUUUAUUAUUACUGAAUGAGGAUUUUUAAAAAUGCUUUUAUAGAUAAUGCUGUGCUGGAUUUUUAUUCACAGGUAUGAAUCCUUGCAAUUAUCAGUUUUUAUUAAAAAUAACUAUCCAGCGUAAAAUGUCUCCAAAUGGAUAUAAAGCGUUCUAAGAUUUAAAUACAGAUUAAUGGAGGAUUCGGUUUUGAAGGGUCAAGCGCCCCCUGCAGGAAUAAAACACACAAGACAAUCCGUGGCUGACAAUGUGCAAUUUCGGUCUGUUACCCACAAAAACUUUCGUAUGAAUUUAGAAAACAUGAAAUAUAUAACUUGAGUCAUAUGUGAAAGGUGUCCAUAGAAAUAAUCAGUUGUUUUUCAUGGUGAGGAAAGCAGACAUGCAUUUCAGAUGAGCAGGUAAGCGUACAUUUUUUAUGAAACAUUGACAUUGACCCUAAUGCUUUUUCUGAAUGUUUGAUAUGAUACAGACUAUAAAUAAUUAAGAAUAUGCAUUAAAUUAGGGAUGACAUGAUUAUACGGUUUUACUAGUAACCGCGAUUAAAAAUAUCACAGUUAAUUUACCGUAAGAAUUUAGAAUCCACGGUUAAAAACUGUCAAAUGCUUAAUUUACACAUGGUAAAAAUAUUAUAUAUAAUGUAUAAAUAUAUAAUAUAAAAGAGUUUUUUGUAAGAUUUUGUAAGCCUAAAUGGGAAAACUCUUGUGCCUGUGUGGGUACUGGAGCUGUUGCUAUGGAUACGGAUGGACGUGGUGCUUUAAUGGCCAAGCGUCACUCAAUGUGAACUUUCAAUUCAUGUGAAACUGAAGCUUAAACACACGAAUUCCAAAAUAUUAUAGAGGAAUUCGAUCAACCAUAGCAUUUGGCAGCAUUUAUAUGACUGACUGAAGAUGACGGAUGUAAAACAAGCAGACAGAAGUCCUAGAAAGACACAUUCUACAAAUUGGACAGCAUGCUCCACUAGUCCAACAACAAACUAUUAAGUUUAAUAUUUUUAGCUGUGGUGAUUUUAAAGCGAUGAAUUAAAGAUGCCACUUUUUGUAAUGUUUAAGUGUGCUGACAGCACGUGGUGCAUUUGCGCGUAGUUUCGCCCACAGCCUAUUAUUGUUGCUAUAGUAACGAACGCAACUUCUAAGCAUGUCUGAUUGACAGGUAAAAUGCAAACUUUUAUUUCAGCUUUGUUGUUAGAUCUGUGGUUAUUUUCCGUAAUUUCAGCAGACAGCUUACUUCAAACAUUCGAAUCAUCAGCAUUAGGUUAAAAAGGGGAAACUUUAUCAUUCAACUGAUUACUUAAAAUCAAGCAGAGGUAUAGAAAUGUACGUAUUUACAAAUAAAGCUUCAUAUUACGAGUACAUUCUACGACCACCCCCCCAUAAUUCGCACCCUGCAUUUGGUCCCCCUCAAUGUUCAAACCAAAUCUACGCCAUUGCAAUCAAUCAACAUGACUUUUAUAGAUUACAUUUUAAAACUAAUCUAAACAGCAACAUAAUUUCUAAGUGUUAUAGGUAUCAUUCAGUCAAAGGAACAAUCAUUUACUUAUGCAUCAAAUGUAUUAAACUAAGUUUUUAACACAUGCCUAAAAGUACAAUGUAGCAAAGAUUGGAUAGUGUUUAAGUGCCAAUAUCAAUAUUGCGACACCUUCAUUCAUAUUUUAUGUCUUUUUUGUGUAGUGUGUGUGUGUGUUUGUGUGUGUGUGUGUGUGUGUGUUUGUGUGUGCGUGUGUGUAUGUGUGUGUGUGUGUGUGCAUGUGUGUGUGUGUUUGUGUUGAAGUAUAACAGAAACUGUAUAUGCUGACUUGCUUCUAUAUAUAUUUAUGAUUUUUUUAAAAUAAUGAGGUAGAUGUAAAUAUUACUAUGUAAUAUAUAAUUAUAUUAAUUGUAUAUUUGGAUUUAAAUGGUCAUAACUCAAAGUCAGAGCUUGUAGAAUUUAUUAAUGCAUUUCAUUUAAAUUAUAUAGUUGUUUUAUUUUUUGUGUGUGUGUUUAUUGCUCAUUGUUGGCUGAAUGUAAUAAUAUCAGUUCCAGAUAAUACUGCAAUGCUUUACAAUUUUAAAACUACUGCCUCCAAGCAGUCAGUGUUUUAAAGAAGAUUCAAUGAACCAUUAAUUCACAACAGGAACACCGACAGCAAUUCCACCAGAAUGUAGCAUUUAAUCAUAACAAUAUAGCAGCCUUUGUAUGUUUGCAACAUACUUGGAAAUUGUAAACUGUAGCAAUUACAUCAUCAUAUAGUUAUGACCAGUGUUGGGUGUAAUCCAAUUACAAAGUAAUAAUUUACUAUAAUCUAAUGAAUUUUUUGUAAAAAAAAGUAGUGUAAUGCAUUACAUUUUAAAUUGUGUAAUCAGAUUACAGUUACUAACUUUCAAUUAAUUUAAUUACUUUUAAGUGCAUUGGGUUGUGCUUAUUUCUAAUAUAUUAUUUAUGUAGAAUAUUUGAAUUAAGACCACGUAACGAGUCAUUGUGAAGCAGACAUUAGCCGCUAUUCCACCAUCAGGCCGAACAGUUCUCAUCGCAAAACCGUACCGUUCGAUGCCGAUCUGGGCCAGCUGGCGCGGUUAAGGUUUCUUUUUCCACUGUGGUACGUAACAGAUCUGUCUUUUGGCGAUGCCAUGAGAGGUAAACAUUGGAGCGAGUGUGGCGCACUGUGGAGGAUGAUCGCAUAUUACAGUUAUUAGAACUGCUUUUUUCCCCUGGUUUUGCUUUGCUAAUACACCGCACACAUACCAUGUUGCAAAAAGGAAAGUAAAGAGAAAAAGACGAGAGGUUUACCAUCAUUUGCUGAUGGCUUGUGUUUGCCACCGGACACGAACAUGCAGAAAGGUAAAAGUUCCCAGACUAGCUAAAAAGAAUAUUUGUUGACAAAAUAUUAUGUAAGUAUUAUAUACAAAUAGUUUGUGAGAAAAUAUUGAUGUAUUUUGAGUUUAAAUGAUAUAGUAAUCUAAUUCCCUGAUGAAAAAGGCGUGUAGAAAAAUAAAUGCAGGCUACAAUACUAGUUAAACCAUUAUAAUAAAAUCAUGCAGAUACACUAAACAAGUCACCAUGUACUAAAGCCAUUCCACCGGCACGUUUGAGUACGUUAGCUAACUGUGCCGAGAAUUCCGGGCCGAGAACGUUUUAUAAUCGUACCGUGCCGAACCGUGCUCAAGUGGAAACGCUACUGUAACCGUUCCGUACCGUGCUCAGAACCGUUCGGUCCGAUGGUGGAAAAGUGGCUAUUGUGUCACAAUGAACAAGAAAGAAAUAUAGAUAUUAUUUUUAAUUUGUUGAGCGUAAAAGUGUUUAAAAAAAAAGUAACUUAAAAGUAAAGUAAUUAGCAAUGCGAUUACUUUUUUAAACCUUUUUAGUAAAGUAAUCUGAUUACAAUUUUAGAGAAAUAAUUAGUCAUUUGUAGUGGAUUACUAUUUUUAAGUAACCUAAACAACACUAGUUAUGACUGUUUAAGUCCAACACAUGACUAUUACAAAAUUGUUAUGGAAUUUUAAGCAAUGAUAGAGGAUUGUAUUUAAGUAACUAUUAAGAUGUUAUCUGAAAGUAUUAUUAGUGUAUAAUGCUGUAAGUUUUCUUCUUGUUUCUGUUGCAGUGCAAUAUAUUUUUUGUUUCUGAGCUUGUCAGAUUGCACACUUUACCCUUGAAACUAUACUUUAGCUUUAAAGAGAACAUUUCUGCUCUUAUAUUAAAGACAUUGCUGUUGCAUACUCCCUAAAUGGAGCUUAGAUGUAGGUAACUACUUGUACAAAUUUAGUUAUACUAUAUUUGUCAAAAGUUGUUUAGCUCAACAAUUUAGUGAGCAUGUUUUCUUAGUUUACCAUACUGAUUAAAUGCUGUACAUUUUGUAUAUAACCUCUGAGGGUUGUUAUUGCAGUUGGUAUUUAGUUAAUGAUUUCCCAAAAUGUGACCUGUUGCUGUAUUUUACUGCUUUCAUAUGACAUUGUCAAAGACGUGUCUACAACACUUGAUGUUUCAUUGUGUCACUCCAUCAUUAGGUGCACAUAAUGAUAAUCAUUUGAAAUGGAAUUCUCAGAUGAACUUUGAACAUUAGGGAAAGUACACAGAUGGGAAACUGUCUUCAUUAUAGAGAGCAUGGUUGGAAAACAAGGGCUUUAAUCAGCAGAAUAAAUCAGAAAUAGGUCAGUUAUUGCAGAUCUGUUAACACUGUCCAAGGAAAAUGUCAGGAGACUCAAAAUUAGGAUUCACUGAACAUUUAUUUAAAGUUUUGGUGAUUGGAGACCGUGAUGUUGGAAAAACCAGCUUUGUGAAGCGUUAUGUGAGAAAUCAAUUCUUCAAGGACUUAAAACCGACAAUUGGUGUGGAUUUCUUUAUGAAGGUCAUUGAGUGGGACAGUCAAAUGCUGGUGAGAUUACAACUAUGGGAUAUAGGAGGUAAGUCUGUCUACUAAAGCUAGUUGCAAGUUUAAACAACAUUUCUUUGUUUAAACUUGCAAAUGGUAGACCAGAAUUGUACUGGUUUCUCUUGUGUUUUUAGGUUAAUAAAAAAUACCUUUGAAAAGCAUUAAUUACUACAAAACAACAUAUGCCGGAAUGGUGGUGUAUAGAUUGCUGUGCUGAAUAAAUUAUUUUAUAUCAUAUGAGGCAGAAUAAAUCAAAAUUUAUCAUGGCUUUUAAUUUCUGCUAUUGUCUGUAGUGAGGUAUAUAUGGCUAAUUAUUUACAAUUUAGUGACACAAUUUCAGUUUCACAUUCAGAUUUAUUGCGUAUGAAUCAUCGAGUUCCUAUUGGCAGGACAACAUUUUCUGAAACUGAAAACUAUUCAUUUUAAAUGAUUCUGCAUCCAAGCCGCUAGGUGUCAGUGUAAAUCUUCUUGGACUUACACUGACACUUAUCGGCUUGGAUGCAGCAUCAUUUAAAAUCAGUUGUUUUCAGUUUCAGAUGCCAUUGUAGAAAUUUAGUAUUCACAGUCAGACAUGAUUACUUUUUAUUUAUUUUUAUCCCCUUUUCUCCCAAUUUGGAAUGCCCAAUUCCCACUACUUAGUAGGUCCUCAUGGUGGCAUGGUUGCUCAACUCACUCCGGUUGGCAGAGGACAAGUCCCAGUUGCCUCCGCUUCUGAGACCGUCAAUCCGCGCAUCUUAUCACGUGGCUCGUUGUGCGUGACACCGCGGAGAAUCCCAGAAUGUGGAGGCUCAUGCACAAAUUACCACGCGCCCCAUUGAGAGUUAGAACCACUAAUCGCGACCACAAGGAGGUUACCCCAUGUGACUCUACCAUCCCUAGCAGGGAGGCCAAUUUGGUUGCUUAGGAGACCUGGCUGGAGUCACUCAGCACGCCCUGGAUUGGAACUCGCGACUCCAGGAGUGGUAGUCAGCGUCAAUGCUCGCUAAGCUACCCAGGCCCCCAGACAUGAUUACUUUAAUCAAUGAGUGAAAGUGUCAAAUAACAGGACGGUUACUGAGAUUAAGCGAGUAGUAUUCGGCUGGUCAUGUGAUUCUAACAUGGCAGCCCCCAUGUGUGGACCCUCUCCAUGUAGAAUAAAACAGCU